AUGGAGACGAAACAGAAACGUGUGUUCAUGGAAGGUUUGCAGCAAAAAUUGGUUUACAAUCAGUUAGUUACGGUGGAGCCGGUUGGUUUGAGUGGUGGGCUUGCUGUAAUGUGGAAAGAUAGCUAUUCGGUGUCGAUUCUCUCAGCGGAUAAGAGGAUCAUUGAUAUGGAGGUUACAUUUGGGUCAAUCAAGUUUUUUCUUACAUGUGUGUAUGGGGAUCCUGUCAAAGCAAACAGGCAGGAGGUUUGGGAACGCUUGACUCGCAUUGGGUUAGUCAGAAAUGAGGCGUGGUUGCUAGCUGGUGACUUUAAUGAGCUAAUGACUAAGGAGGAGAAAGUUGGUGGGGCUGAAAGGCAUGAAUCUUCUUUUUGGGAUUUUCGCAACAUGGCUGAAAAUUGUAAAAUACGUGAGCUAAGAUACACAGAUCACCGUCCAAUCAGGAUAUGUUUUGCCUUAGAAAGAGAUGAUCCGAAGCGCAGUCGUUUUUUCUUUGACAAAAGAUACUUGAAUAAAGCUGGUAUUGAAGAGCUUAUUAAAGAGAGCUGGGGGACAGAAGGUUUAGAUCAGAGCAAUACUAUGGAACGCAUAGGACGAUGCAGGAAGAGUAUUAUGAAGUGGAAGCGUUAUUCUGACACCAACUCCAGAAAUAAGAUUUCGAGACUAAAGGAGGCUUUGGAGAAAGAAGUGGCUAAAAGGUUUCCUUCAUAUAAUCUGAUGAGGAAGCUGAAAAUGGACUUGGCUGAAGCUUUAAGAGAGGAAGAGGUGUUUUGGAGGCAGAAGUGUAGAGAAGAAUGGUUGCGGAGUUCUAACCCUUUCGACUUGGAAGCUUUGUUCACUGGGUUUCAAGGGCGGGUUACUCCGGCAAUGAAUGUGAUGCUGUCUGCUCCGGUUUCAGCAGAAGAGAUCAGAAAGGAAGCCUUCAACAUUAAAGGCAUGGGGCCGAAGCUGACAGAGGAGAUCAGUGGUUUCUUCAAGAAUUCUGUUAUGCCAGAUGGAUGGAAUCAUACCCAGCUCUGUCUCUUGCCAAAAAUUACCAAGCCGACAAGAAUGCAGGAUCUUCGACCUAUCAGUCUUUGCUCAGUUCAAUAUAAGAUCAUCUCGAAAAUAUUGAGCAAACGGCUGAAGGCAAUUUUGUCGAGCAUCAUCUCUGAAACUCAGGGAGCCUUUGUGUCUGGGAGGCUCAUUUCAGACAAUAUUAUCAUCGCACACGAGAUGGUGCAUGGGUUGAGAACUAAUCAGAAGGUGUCUGAAGAAUGCAUGGCGAUAAAAACCGAUAUGUCCAAGGCAUAUGAUCGUGUGGAGUGGAACUUUUUGGAGGUGCUUCUUGAGAAGAUGGGCUUUGAGAGAACGUGGGUUAAAUGGAUAAUGGCUUGUGUCACGACAGUCUCUUUCUCUGUUUUGCUGAAUGGGAAUUCACAUGGAUUUAUCAAACCUGAGAGAGGUCUGCGCCAGGGUGACCCGCUCUCUCCAUUUCUAUUUAUCUUAUGCGCUGAAGCUCUGGUGUCUUGUCUCAAUGCGUCUGAGGAAGCGGGUAGACUUCAUGGCAUUAAGCUCUCAGCUUCAGCCCCGGCAGUUCACCAUCUGUUGUUUGCAGAUGACAGCCUUCUCUUAUGCAAAGCCAACAUCUUGGAAGCAACAGAAGUGCUGACAUGUCUUAAGGAGUAUGGAGAUGCAUCAGGUCAGAUGAUUAACUUGCAAAAGUCGUCGAUAAUCUUUGGCUCUAAGGUUCCUCCUGAUGCGAAGGAAGAGAUCAAAGGUAUCUUAGGUAUAGACCAGGAAGGUGGUGAAGGGUCUUACUUAGGUUUACAUGAGUGCUUUAGUGGUUCUAAAGUCAAGAUGCUGAACUUCCUUAAGGAAAAGCUACAGGGGAGACUGAGGGGUUGGUUCUCGAAAUCUCUAUCACAAGGUGGGAAGGAAAUUCUCUUGAAAUCUGUGGCGUUGGCGCUACCUAUUUACGCAAUGUCGUGCUUUAGGUUGCCAAAGGAUGUGUGUGCUAAGCUGACUAGUGCUAUGGUGGAAUUUUGGUGGAGUUCUGGAAAUAAUAAAAAGAAAAUUCCUUGGGUGGCAUGGCAAAAGCUAUGUAAGGACAAAGAGCUUGGUGGUCUUGGAUUCAAGGAUAUUGAGAAGUUUAAUCAAGCCUUACUUGCAAAGCAAGCUUGGAGAAUUUGGUCUAAUCCUGAGUCACUGGUGGCUCGGAUUCUGAAGCACAGGUACUUCGCAAGAACUGAUUUUCUGGAGUGCAGCAUAGGAACUAGACCAUCUUUUGCUUGGCGUAGUAUCAUUCAUGGUAGGGAGCUUCUCUCACAAGGGCUAUAUCACAAGAUUGGCUCUGGGGAGACUACUAGGCUAUGGUCAGAUAAUUGGCUGGUCGAUGGAAGAGCUCGCCCCCCUAUGUAUAGACAGGAUGCGAUUGUUGAUCUCACACUGACGGUGAGUGAUUUGAUUGAUUCGAGAGUAGGAAGUUGGAGUGUGCCAAGAAUUCGAGAACUAAUAGUGGAGGAGGAUGUUGAGCGUGUAUUGCAGACUCCUAUUGAUUUAGCUCGUCAAGACCAGAAGAUGUGGGGUUUCUCAAGGAAUGGAAUCUACAAUUCAAAAAGUGGCUACAAGUUAGCUGAGACUUUGCAGGAAAUGCAGCUUCCUCUCUCUCCAGGUCUUCCUCCAGUAGAAAAAAGACUUUGGAAAGAUCUGUGGCAGACCAAUACAUCACCUAAGAUCAAAUAUUUUAUGUGGAGAGCACUGUCGGGAGCGUUAGCUGUCAAAAGUAGAUUGCAGUCGCGGGGGAUCUUGUUAGAUACAACUUGUUCCAGAUGCGGAUUGUCAGAGGAGACAAUAUGCCAUGUCCUCUUCCACUGUGAGGUUGCGAAGAAAGUAUUGACAAGAUCUGGUUUUCCUAUGCCAUCUGGUGGUUUUUCUGUCAACUCGGUGUGGCUCAAUUUCUAUCAUCUGAUGUCGGUGAGCAGGAAAUUACCAAAAGAGAAUGAAGCUCGCCUAGCCUUUCCUUGGAUCCUGUGGCAAAUAUGGAAAGCCCGUAACUCGUUUUGCUUUGAAAAAUGGACGAAGGAUGCUGAACUGAUCUUCUCAAAAGCGUCAAACGAAGCUACUAUGUGGCUAAAUAUGUCACUUAUCAGUGGAGACGGUCCUUCAUCGCAAAUGACUAAUCUUGAGGCAAGAAGUAAAUGGCAAAAACCUCCUCCUGGAAUUACUAAGUGUAAUGUAGCAUCGUCUUGGGUAGAUCCCCUGUUGAAGGGUGGAGCAGCUUGGAUUGCUCGAAGCCAUACCGGCAUACCACUGUGA